GUUUGAAACUGAAUGCGACUACUGAAGACAGAAUUAAAUAUAAUCUUUGCAAAAACAUUGUUCAUCAUGCUAUUAAGAAUGACCUACACGAGGAAGAAUUAAAGCUAAAAUUAGAAGUUGACCAAGAAAAAUUAGAUCGGAAAAAGAAGGUUAAAGAUAAUUUAGAAAAAUAUCUACUGGAUGAGAACAUAAUUAGAAAUCUAGUCCAACAAAUAAAGGAAGAUA